AUGGUUGAUGCUAUCAAUGAUCCUGUACAUGAAGAUUCAUCACCUUCUUUAGAUUUACAUGGUACAUUUGACUUCCAGAAAGACCAUCCAUUAUUUGAUACUCAUCAUGUUGUCUAUAGAGGCCCCUCCAAUGUCUUCAUACCAAAUUUUUUUGGUGCUGUAUUGCCUAGGCAUGAUCAUGGUGAUUAUGAAUAUUACUGUUGUACUAUGUUAACAUUGUUUCAGCCCUGGCAUUCUGGUAAAGACUUAAAGGGCCCAAAUAUGAACUGGAGUGAAGCUUUUGCUAACUUCAAGUUUUCUUCAUGCCAGUUGGAGAUUAUGAGACACUUCAAUUUAAGAUAUGAGUGUUUAGAUGCAUAA